AUGAUUAAUUUAUUAAAAACUUUUUAGUUGAAAACUUUAAGGAGAACUUUAAAUUUAAAUGGAGGAAAUUCUACAUUUUUCAGUCGCUAUAUGCUCCCAAAUAACUAUGCUGUGAACUCUUUAAAUAAAAUCACAAAUUUCAGCUUUUCUGAGACUCCAUAAAAAGAAGGAGAAGAAAAAAUAAAAUAAGAUAUUCAAGUAGAAGAAAUCAAAUUAAAUAGAUUCAGAGAUGCCAAAGAAAACAAAGAUGACUAUUAAAAAGAUGAAGAUAGCUAGGAUUAAGAAAUGACUCCUUUGUUUAAAUUAGCUCUACUUUCAAUUGGAGCAUCUGCUUUAUUUAUAGUCUACAAAUUGAAUGAGAUGUAAUCUCAGCUUAAAAAAAUUGAUGAGGUCAAAGUAUCUCACAAAGGAUAAGCUAAAAUAGGAGAUGAAUGGGAGUUAAUUGAUACAUCUGGCAAUCCUAUAACUCCUUAAUCUCUCUUGGGAAAAUACUAUCUAGUUUAUUUCGGUUUCUGUCAUUGUCCUGACAUUUGUCCAGCUAAUUUAAUUAAAAUUAGAAAUGCACUUAAUCAUAUUAAAAAGAUGCCUGAAGGCUAAGACUUAGAUAUUAAAGUCCUAUUUAUAAGUGUCGAUCCUGAGAGAGAUACUCCUUAGAUCAUAAGAGAUUAUUUGGAUAUGUAUGAUACAUCCUUUUUAGGUGCAACUGGAUCUCCAACUGAUGACAGCAAAUUAAAGUAAGCAUUGAAAUCAUUUAAAGUAGUGGCCAACAAAAUUAACUAUGAUCCUGAUGAUGAAGAACUAAAAACUUUACUUAAAAAAUAUAAUGGAGAUUUAAGCAAAAUUUACACAAUGGACCACACUACAAAUACAUUCUUAAUGGGAACUAAGGGAGAAUUUAUAGGUUUCUACGAUGGAAAUAGGUCAGAGGAUUAAUUAUCAUCUUUAGUAUUAAAAAGUAUAAUAGAUAACAAAAAAACUCUUAUUUCAGCUUAGUAAAAAGAAUGA